AUGACGAAGCAUCUUCUCUGAAUGAUAUCAAUUGCCAAUAUGACGAAAACAGUCAGGCUCAGAUCAUUGAACAGUCAAAUUCCCUUCAAGACCUUGAAGAAGAAAAUUCUUUUUCAAAGAACAUCUGAAUCAAAGUGUGAUUGAUUACGAAGAUAUGAAAGCUGAAUACGAAAAGAAACUAGUUGAAAAGGACGAAGUUAUAAAGAGUUUACGUGAGCAUAACCCAUUAGUACUAGCGCAAACUCUAAGGGAAUCUCUGUUGAUGCUGGACACCACUCUGGCUAAUUUGCCAUCAAAUAGCCGCCAGUCUGCAGCUGUAAACGCUGCUAAUAGUGCAGCUCCUUCGCGUUCAAUGGUGAAACUUCACGAAGAUUAUACCACCAUGAUUGAUCCCAGCGCCCUCAGAUUGGCUAUGUCGUACGGAAAAUCAGGAAAUACGACAAAGGAAAUGGGAAAGAUGGUGGCCACUAUAAUGGAGGCUUUGUGGGACAAGGCGUUCAUGGCUUCGCACUCCCUAUCUGGUCGCAAAGCACCGAGCGAUAUGAACGACCCUAUUAAAUAAAAAUUGCCAGCAAAGCCAGCCAUUCCAGCCGAUGCAAGAAAUGCAAUUAUACAGUUUACCAUGAAAUUUUGGGAGACAAAGCCCAACAUGAGAAUUCCGGCUACCACGGUAAACCCUCUAAUAAGUCAAAAACUACUGACCGAACACAGCUCUGUGAAAAAAGCAUUAAACAACGAGGAAUCUGUGGAUGAAGCGGAGUAGCAAAUUCAGAAAUUUCACUUAUUCCUUUUAUCACUCCGAAGAGUCCCUCCCUCCACAAGCUGCCAUUUAUGUGCCUCAUUGUUUCCCUCAUCUGAAUAUGCAUCAACUUAGCAAUAAUCCAUGUUUGCUGUUACAGUCCAUUUUUGUCAUGAUGUGAUAUAAAUGUAUAACCUAGUCUUUGCAUUUAAUCUCGUCAUCAAU